AUGAAACAUAAAACAUCUCAACACUUGCAAAGUCCAGAUUUUGAUAUUUACUGCGCUACCAUGUUAAUUGAAGACAAUUUGAAAUCCUUAAAUAAACUUCGAACAGAUGAAUUAUUUAAUGAAAUCUCUGAUCAAACAAAAAAGUUCAUUGUAGAUAGUGAUUACGAGUUUGAACCUUUACCUCAACAUAGAUCUCGUAAGCGAAAACAAAUGGCUGAUGAAAACGCAAUAGAUGAAUUAACAGAAAGGUUCAUUGGUAACAAUAAUACUUCAUCAAAUAGCUCAAAAAGUCCUGAUAAAUCUACCCUUGGUUUAUUAAAAGAUAUUAGUCUUUUGUCUAAGAAAAGGUUGAAUGAAGUAAAACAAAAUAUUAAAAAUCUUCCAGUAGAUGCUUUUGACGUUUUUGGAAAAAUUUAUUCAAAAUUUGUUCAACCAGAUAAUGCUAGACAUGAGUAUAAAGAAUUUUGUAACUAUUUUGAAUUAUUGGAAAAAUGUGAAAGUUUGCCAAAUAUGCUUCAUGAUAACAGAGAUACUGCAGUUUGUUUUGAAGAUUCUGAUAUAAGUCAAGAAGAGGAUUUUGAUUCAGAAAAUGACAACUAUUUAAUAUCAAACAAAGAAGAUAAUGAUGCAUCAGAAAAAAACAUAAAAAAUCAUGGAAGUCUUACUUUAAUAUACAGAUUAUUUUGCAAUCACGGUUCUCUUAAAAUUAUGUUUCCAACUUUAUUUACCAUGUAUAAAAUUGCAUUAACAUUACCAGUGGGAAGUGUAGAGACAGAAAGAAGUUUUUCCAAACUUAAAAUUAUUAAAAACAGACUUCGUUCUACCAUGUCCAAUGACAGACUAGAAGCACUGAUGAGGAUAAAUUGUGAGCAAGAUAUUGAUAUUGAUUACACAUGUGUAAUUGAUAAAUUUAGUCUAAAAUCUUCAUUGUUGAUUAAAAAUCUUACAUUUUAA